GAUUAACCUUUAUAUUUGUAAUCCUAGGUCAGUUGGGUGAAAAGAAAAGAAACUAGGAGACAAAACAGCGCCCCGUUUAAGUUAGGUUUUUAAAUAAACAGAAAAGCCAUAGCAGAGCCAUCCUUCCCUCUGAAAGCUUCUCAAUGUUGCGUAGAAACGUCCGUUUGCGGAGAGAGUAUUUGUAUAGAAAAAGCUUAGAAGGGAAUGAACGUGCCCUUUAUGAGAAGAAGCGCAAAAUCAGAGAAGCUCUUCAAGAAGGGAAACCUAUACCAGCUGAGCUUAGAAACGAGGAGGCGGCACUUCGUCGUCAAAUUGAUCUGGAAGAUCAAAACACAGCUGUUCCAAGAACACACAUUGAUGAUGAGUAUGCAUUUGCUGCUCAGAAAGAUCCUAAAAUCAUGCUCACCACAUCAAGGAGUCCAAGCGCUCCUCUUCAACAGUUUGUAAAGGAGUUGAGUACUGUCUUUCCCAAUGCUCAAAGAAUAAACCGUGGUGGUCAGGUUGUUUCAGAGAUUAUAGAUGCUUGCAGGUCGCACGACUAUACAGAUGUAAUCUUGGUUCAUGAACAUCGUGGCGUGCCUGCUCGUUUAACUGUUUACCAUCUACCAUUUGGCCCAACUGCAUGUUUUAGUUUAGUCAAUGUGGUUUCCAGACAUGAAAUUAAAGACAAAAAAGCUCUUGGAACCAUCCCUCAGGCUUAUCCACAUAUUAUACUUAAUAAUUUCUCAACUAAGUUAGGUGAAAGGACUUCCAAUAUUCUAAAGCAUCUGUUUCCUGUGCCAAAACCUGAGACAAAGCGUAUUGUCUCUUUUUCCAACAAUUCGGACUAUAUCGAAUUCAGGCAUCAUAUAUAUCAAAAACGUGGGGGUCCUAACUCUGUAGAAUUGAAGGAAAUUGGUCCACGGUUUGAUUUGCGACUAUAUCAGAUAAAAUUGGGAACAGUGGAUCAAGCUGAAGCUCAAACAGAAUGGGUCUACAGACCAUACAUGAACACUACCAAGAAGCGCAAGUUUCUCUGAAAAUUUUGGAUGAAAUUUAAUUUUAUCAAUUUAAUUUUUAUGAAUUUACUUUUUUGGAUAAUAUUAUUAACGAUCUUUUGAUAUACUUUUUGUUUGUUAUUGUUUCAAAUAAGUAUUGUUAAUUUCGUAAUA